AUGCAAUAUGAGUACGAGAAUUAUGAUCCAUCGUUCCCCGAUCAACCUGUGGUUGAUCAAUACCUCCCAGUUUGGGCCAGGUUACCUUCUUUCAAGUCGAAACCAGCCUUCAUUUGGGCCGAAGAUUACUCGAACACCAUUUCCACCACCCACCUCACCUAUGAACAACUCAAUACCUCAGUUGAUAUAAUCUCAACUCAGCUACUCUUUCCUCUUCAAAGAGGCGACACUGUCCUUAUUCUUUGCUCCCCCGGACUCGAUCUUGUUAAGGUCAUUUUCGGUUGUCAAAGAGCUGGUCUUUUAACUGUCCCUAUAGUCCCUCCCCACCCUUCUUUCGCCAAUGAAAAAAACUAUCAUCAUCUUAUAAGAAUAAUCUCACAAACUAAACCAAAAGCUGCCAUAGCUCACCCCACCUACAUUUCAACCAUUCAUCACUACAUCACUUCAUCCCACAACAAUAAACUAGCUCACAUGUUACAAACACUCCGCUGGAUUUCCACGGACGACCUCAAAAACAAUAACAGACAUUUAAAUUUGAAUUCAAAUUCAUACAAUGGUCGUAAACCAGACGAGGUUUACUUGGUUCAGUACACCUCAGGUGCAACUGGAAUACCAAAACCUGUUCUCGCUACAACAGGUUCUGCUGCUCAUAACGUUAGAACAGCAAGAAAAGCUUACGAUCUUCAUCCAAACAGUACUAUCGUUUCGUGGCUACCUCAAUACCAUGAUUGUGGUCUCAUGUUUCUGUUACUCACAAUUGUAUCAGGUGCAACGUGUGUUCUCACUUCUCCAACAUCGUUCAUCAAACGACCGAGAAUCUGGCUUGAGUUAAUGUCGAAAUUCAAUGCUACAUGCACUCCUGUUCCUUCUUUCACCUUGCCACUUGUUGUCAAACGUGGAGGAAUUCAAAAAGGAACUUCACCUAUUAAUCUAUCAAAUCUUAACAACCUUAUACUCAUCAAUGAACCUAUUUAUAGUGACUCAGUGGUUGAAUUCAUUCACACUUUUUCGCCAUUCGGGUUAAGAGCUUCGUCCAUUUCACCUUCUUAUGGAUUAGCAGAGAAUUGUACUUUUGUUUCAACUGCAUGGAGGGAUCAUAACAUAGAAGCCUAUUCUAGCUUCUCGCAUUUUCCAACUCACAAAAAGCUUUUACCAGUUGCGAGGCUUGAGGAACAGGAAGACAUGGAAAUCAUGGUUGUUAACGAAGAAACACUUGAACCUGUUGAAGAUGGCGUUGAAGGUGAAAUUUGGGUUUCAUCUCCAAGUAACUGUUCUGGUUACCUUGAUCAUCCUUCUUUAACAAGAGAAGUUUUUCAUGCAAGAAUCAGAAACAAAGUUCGUAGGUGUUUCCUACGAACAGGCGAUAAAGGAAUCGUGAAAGGCGAAAAAAGAUAUCUCUAUGUUACCGGUCGAAUUCAAGAUACUAUAGAGCUUCAAAAUGGUGAAAAGAUUCAGCCACAUUACGUAGAGACUGCGGUUUUCAACAGUUUUCCGAAGUUACUACGAGGAGGUUGUGUUGCAGCAUUUAAAGUUUUAGCGACAGUAGUAAUAGUCGCGGAGAUGCAAAGAGUUGAAAAAGAUGUGGAUGAGGGGAUUCUAAGAAGUGUUUGUGAAGGAAUUAAAGAAAGUGUUUUGAAGAAAGAGUGUGUUGAAGUUGGAUGGGUGGUUUUGGUUAAGAGUGAAAGUGUUCCCAAAACCACUUCAGGGAAAUUGCAAAGAUGGGCUGCUAAAGAGAAGCUUCUAGAAGGAAAAAUGAAAAUUCUGAUGGAGAUGAGGUUCGGAAAAGAUGUUGCGAGGAUAAAACACGAGGUAGCAAAAAAAGUUGAUGUCGAAAAGAAAGAUGAUCAUAUAAACGGUUUAGUUUUUGGUGCAGAAACUCGCAGCUCAUUGAUCUCACAUCUAUGA